CUUCUAUUAUUUUCAAGAUUAAUAUUUACCCAUUCACUCUAAACUAUUUUUCCUUUUCUUUCUUUAUAUUCAUCCUCCUCUUAUUCUUCUAGUCCAUCAAAGCAAAGCAAAGCAAAGCAAAGCAAAGCAAACCAACUCAAAUCAAACCAAAUCAAAUUACUUUUACCUUUAUCUUCAUUCUCUUAUAACCCUUUGCAUAAAAGAAGUUUAAAUGCUUCAAGGAAGAACAUCCCAACAAACACCAACUCCACUAACCCAACACGGCAGAGACAUGUUGGCAUCAAUCAAAGAUGGUCGACACAGAGCCACAGGUGCUUUUACAAAGCGCAGUUCUCUAGGAAACCUACGAAAAUCAAAGUCUUCAACAACUGCAGAUAAUCAACUUGCCGCACGUACCUCUGACCUACUCACUGUAGACAUGAGAAUGAAACGUCGAUCAACCGGAUGUCUCCGCAGACCAUCGUUCCUCAAUGCAGCCAAAGCAGCCACCAACACCACCAUCCCUCCCCAAAACACAAGGGUGUGGAGACCUCCUGGUUGUUAUGAAAUUCCCAAUAUCUUGGGAAGCGAUUGCUUUUUAAAGCCUGAUCCUCCCAUGGACGAUGCCAAGGCUUACGGAUUCCGGACAUCUAACCCUACAAAGCACAUUUCAAAACGUCCAUGGCUGCCGGCCGGACCCCGUUCAGAGAUUCCGCAACUACCUCCGUUUGUGCGACCAGAGAAUGCAUUCGAACGAAGCAUUCGAAAGGCGGUCCCUAAAAUACAAGUAUCAUCUCUUGAUCCGCGUAACAAGUACGGUGGCUUCAAGGAGGUCGGCACAGGUGUUAAUGGUUCAGUGGUGCGUGCCACCCAUCGGUACAAAAAGAACAUCCACCUUGCCAUCAAGCGAUGCCGCCUCGAUCCCGACCGUGAGUACAAGGCUGCAUUGGUCCGCGAGCUCCGCAUCAUGGCCACGGGGCACCCGAAUUUGAUCCGCCUUUGUGAGGUGACUCUCUGGCGUGAAGACGUCUGGAUGUGCAUGGACCUCCAGCGAUGUGCCGUGUUUGCCAUCCUCUGUCAGCGCGGCAUUCCCGAAGAAUACACAGUCAUGAUUGCCUGUGAAGCGCUCAAGGGUCUGGUCUACCUGCACACUCAGGGCUACAUCCACCGUGACAUCAAAUGCGAGAAUAUUCUGGUCGGCUGGAAUGGCGAAGUCAAACUAGCUGAUUUUGGCUUGGCUACCCGCUCCAAUAGACGAAACCGAGACCGACUUGGUACCAGCAAAUGGAUGGCACCUGAAGUCAUUCGUGAGCAGUAUUACAACGAGAAGAUUGACAUGUGGUCCCUCGGCAUCACUCUCAUUGAGAUGAUGGACCGCGUACCGCCUCACUAUCUGAUCAAAGAUGAAGUCGAGCUGUUUGCCACUAUUCUCAGCAACCCCAGCCCAACAUUUACCUACAGCUACCCAACCAUGUACAUGCGUGGUCUGGUGGCCUGGUUAUUAGAUGAAGAACCUCGCACACGUCCAGGAGCCAAGGAUGUACUUGCUGAAAUUGAGGCUCAUAUUCAAAGCAAUUUGCUGCGAUGUGCUUCUACUACCGAAUUCGCUCGUUUUGCCAACCAAGUCUUGCCAUCAAACUAAAAAAAGAAAGGACUUGUAAACAAAAUAAGUGAAAUCAGAAGCACCCCAAUCCAAUACUCACAUUAUUCUCUACACCCUGUUCACUGUUUCUCUUACUGUUAUCUAUUAUUCUUAAAAAAAAACACAUACAAAAAAAAGAAUCAGAUAUGAAAAAGGGAACUUUCUAGAAAAAGCGUUUCUUUUUUUUUCAUAUAUUUUCAUACAUAUAUAUAAGAUGGAAGACAAAGAUGAAGUCUACAAAAUCACAACAACCACAACAACAAUUACAACAACCACCCAAAAAAAGAAACACAAAAAAAAAGGCCUCUAUAUUUUUCUUUUUCUUUCCUUUUUUUUAUCGCAAUUUUCUUACAUCCAAUCACAAUCAACCAAAUCUAUCAACUCGACCAAUCAUCUCAACUCAACAAACUAAAAAAAAAAAAAGGAAGGAAGGCAAUUCUUCCUUUUUUUCUCACACCAUCCCUUAUUUUAUUUUAGUUAUUUAUUUAUUUAUUUUCUACCCCUUCCAAACCCUUCCCACUUCUUACAUACAAACCAAAAGAAAGAUUAUUAUUUUUUUACAUAUAUAAAAAAUAUAUAUUACCCUUUCCUCGUCAAACCAGACAGACCAGACAGCUUAUUUUGAAUCUUUCUUUCCAAUCCCCAUCUUUAACCACCACUAUUCCUUUUCUUCUUCUUCUUCUUCUUUAAUAUAUAUAUAUAUACAUAUAUAAAUACAUUUUAUUUACUUAUUUGCUUAUCUAUAUCAGUU